GGGAGUACAUGUUAUAUUUUUAGCACUACAGCCCCACAUCCAAGUGUGUUUAGUCAAGUAAUGUGAGUGUUUGUGUGUGUGUGAACGUUUUUGGAUUAGUGUCUCCAGCGCCUUGCUCAGGGGAAGGUAAUACGCUUGUCCGAAUGAGCCUCUUCUGUCACAUUCGCAGAGAUGGUAGAAAACUAGAGUUGGCUGGAGAUGGAUGGUGUGGGAAAAAGAGCAAAAGACAGACUGACGGACACACAAGGAGAGAUAGAGAGGGUAAAGGGGAGGGAGGGAGGAAGCAAAGAUAUUGUAGGCAAGAGGAUGGGAUGAAUAAGCAAUCCUGCCUCUCCACUUCUGGCAAUUGCAUCUUGCGCUCAUCACAUGCAUGCUUCCUCUUCUUUCUGACCUCUCCUUCAUCUCUUUUUGGAUUUUUAUUCCUUCGUCGUAGCUUCCAUUCCCUUCUACUGUCCAGUUUCUUUGGUUCUUCCUGCCCUGCACACUCCUUUGUAUGUUCCCAUCUGUCCUCCCCUCCAUAUCCUAUGGUCCCUCUUUCUUUUCCUAAAUGUCUUCUUGCAUCAGUCAAUGACCCACUGAACUCUGUCUUUCUUUUCUAAUGACUCCUAUUCAGAUGCAUGCCACGCAAACACAUAUGCAAUUACCCAUGCACACACAUACGCUUACAUAUGGGCAAACUAGCACGUUAAGGGAGAAAACAUAAAAAAGCAUUUUUGUCGAUGACUUUUUGCAAUGGGAAACUCGGUAAAGUCGCUCAAAAUUUUCACCAAGAAGGACCAGAAGAAGAACUACAAAGCAGUGCAGUCCUGUGAGGAGGGGGGAUCUGGGGGGGCCUAUCUUGAGCCACUAGUGGCCCUGGCCCAGAACGGAGCCAACAUGCACAACGUGCUGGGUCCUGCAUGCAUCUUUCUACGCAAGGGCUUCGCUGAGAGCCGGCAGGCUGACCGAGAGCUGAGGCCAGAGGAAAUGGAUGAGUUGCGUGAGGCUUUCAAGGAGUUUGACAAAGACAAAGAUGGGUUUAUUGGCUGUAAAGACCUGGGGAACUGCAUGAGGACGAUGGGCUACAUGCCAACAGAGAUGGAGUUAAUAGAACUGAGCCAGCAGAUCAACAUGAACUUGGGAGGACAUGUUGACUUUGAGGACUUUGUUGAACUCAUGGGGCCCAAACUUCUGGCAGAAACUGCAGACAUGAUAGGGGUCAAAGAACUGAGGGACGCUUUCAAGGAGUUUGACACAAACGGUGAUGGCCAGAUCAGCACAGCCGAACUCAGAGAAGCAAUGAAGAAACUGUUGGGGCAGCAGGUCGGGCACAGAGACCUUGAGGAGAUUUUACGAGACAUUGACUUAAACGGAGAUGGACACGUAGACUUUGAAGAAUUUGUGCGGAUGAUGUCACGAUGAGUCCCUGUCAGAAAGCUGAGAUUUUAUUCAACUAUGGUACUUGGAUUCUCUGCUGGAUUUGAAGGGAAGGACAAAGAUGGACAAGUACAAGAUUUUGAACUUUUUGGACUGAGUAAAACAGGAAAAACAUAUCAACAUGCCCUGAAACUGCCACAGUGAAGCACAACGGCAGAUGACUAUGGCCUAGAGCAACACUGUUAUUAACACACCGCUGCUGUUCCUUAGAGCAUAAACAAAACCAAUGGCUGCAUUCCUGACUUUUGCUAAGUAAAUUUCAAAAACAUAGUUUUCUUUAGUAACACCAUUUUAUAUAUAGAGUGGACCCACAGGGCCAAUUAAGGUAAUAUGAUGUUUGAGCUGUUAUGCACAUACAAAGCUGGCCAAUACAUUAUUAUUACCGACUGUAGCAAUCAAGAUGAUAUAUUUGCAAGACAAUGUCAUGGCUGCAAAGAACCAAACUAUAAGACGACAUCCCCUUCAAUUAUGUGGUUACAUCAAGCACAAAUACAAUCGCAAUAUGGAAAUGUUUAAUGUUAAUCAGACGUGUGUGUUUGUGUGUUGUGCAUAUGUUGUUGUUUUUCUCCACCGUAGCUGUUUAUGAAAUGUCGCUGGAGAUUGCUGUCAAACCCUGGUUAAAGAAAGCCAGUAUUUCCUUGGUAAUUAUCUGUCCUGUAGCACUAAUUCUGUUCUUCUGAUCUUAUUAACUUUAAGUCUGUCUUUCUGUGAUAGACAUGUGUAGACUCAACUGUGUGUAAGAGUACCAGACUUCUUCAACUCCAAACAGUCUCAAAGGAAACUGUUGUUACUACUGUGAAGAGCCUUCAGUUAUGUGUAUUUUGUGUCUGAUUAUUAGUCUGCAUGAAUAGCCAGAAUAUAUGGAAGAUGUUUUGAGUCGUCUCUUUGUUGCUGAUAAACAGGGACAUUUUGGUUAUGCUUUCAUUUCUGUCAGACAUGACAGAUAAAUGUGUUUAUUUAAUGAGGUUGUGUGAGUCUACUGAUACAGAGGACUACUGACGCUAGACUUUUUUCUUUUUGGUGCAACAAAUACACUUUUUAACUGUAAUACCUCAAAAUGAAUCGGACUAACAUUGCCAUGCGUUAACAUAGGUGCCGUUGAAACUCUAAUAACAUUUUUGUUAUAUUCAUUGUCAAUAUUCCUAAGGAGGUGAAAGGAGCUUCCUCGUGAAAAAAGCCAAAGACAGUUGCAAAAUUAUUACAUGAGUCUACUUUAGUUUACUGAGUGUUGUUGGGAUAGCUAUAUUGUUGCAAGGCUGUUCUGGAAUGGCCAUGAAGGUAUUUGCAUGCUCGAAAGUUAACAUGAUCUCAAAAAGGAAGUCUUUUUAUGUGAUUUGUUUGUGUCUUAACUGCGUGAAACUAUGCAUGCCAGAGAUUUACUGCAAUUUGUAGCAGAAUAUAUUCAAAUAAAGGUUUUUAUUUCA